UCUUCUCGCUUGCUCUUUGCCUUCACCCAUUCAGGCUUCAACUACAAAUCCGCCUGAAAUUUUAGUUCAGAUUCAUCUCCAGACACACGCCACGCCCUUCCCUUCCUCUCAAUCUCCUUAUUGCAGCCACUGCUUCAUUUUCUCCAGAUUCUUCGCCUUCACCAUCACCCGUCGCUCUCUCUUCACUCUGCAAUUCUGUUCCUUUCAAGGUGAGAGAGUUUGAUUCUUGGUGGAAAUGGCGACUGGAGCUGUGCCGGCGUCGUUUACUGGUCUGAAGACUAGAGACUCCAGCUUAGGAUUUGGAAAGAGCAUGGAUUUUGUGAGAGUUUGUGAUCUGAAGAGGAUCAAGUCUGGUAGGAAGAAAAUUUCAAUAAUUCGGAACUCGAAUCCUGGUCCUGAGAUGGUUGAACUUCAGCCAGCGUCAGAAGGGAGCCUUUUGUUAGUUCCUAGGCAAAAGUAUUGUGAAUCUGUACACAAGACUGUCAGGAGGAAAACACGAACUGUAAUGGUGGGAAAUGUGGCUCUUGGUAGCGAGCAUCCUAUCAGGGUUCAAACUAUGACUACGAGUGACACUAAGGAUGUUGCUGGGACAGUUGAACAGGUAAUGAGAAUAGCUGACAAGGGGGCAGAUUUGGUUCGGAUAACAGUUCAAGGGAAAAGAGAAGCAGAUGCUUGCUUUGAAAUAAAAAAUUCUCUUGUGCAGAAAAAUUACAAUAUACCUCUGGUCGCAGAUAUUCACUUUGCUCCAACUGUUGCAUUGCGAGUAGCCGAAUGUUUUGACAAAAUUCGUGUAAAUCCAGGAAAUUUUGCUGAUAGGCGGGCUCAGUUUGAGAAGCUUGAGUACACAGAAGAGGACUAUGAGAAAGAACUUGAGCAUAUUGAGCAGGUUUUUACUCCAUUGGUUGAAAAAUGUAAGAAGUAUGGAAGGGCAAUGCGUAUUGGGACAAACCAUGGGAGUCUUUCAGAUCGUAUAAUGAGCUACUACGGAGAUUCGCCUAGGGGAAUGGUUGAAUCUGCAUUUGAAUUUGCGAGAAUAUGCCGGAAAUUGGACUUCCAUAAUUUUGUGUUUUCCAUGAAAGCAAGCAACCCUGUCAUUAUGGUCCAGGCAUACCGUCUUCUUGUAGCUGAAAUGUAUGUUCAGGGCUGGGAUUAUCCAUUGCACUUGGGUGUCACUGAAGCUGGAGAAGGAGAAGAUGGACGUAUGAAAUCUGCAAUUGGCAUUGGAACUCUUCUUCAGGAUGGUUUGGGUGAUACAAUCAGGGUAUCACUUACAGAACCGCCAGAGAAGGAGAUUGAUCCUUGCAGAAGGUUGGCCAACCUUGGUAUGAGAGCUUCUGCAGUUCAACAAGGAGUGGCACCAUUUGAAGAAAAACACAGGCAUUAUUUUGAUUUCCAACGCCGAUCUGGUCAAUUACCAGUACAAAAGGAGGGUGAAGAGGUGGAUUAUAGAGGUGCCCUGCACCGUGAUGGCUCUGUUCUCAUGUCAGUUUCCUUAGACCAGUUGAAGGCACCUGAACUUCUAUACAAGUCACUUGCAGCAAAGCUUGUUGUUGGAAUGCCUUUUAAGGACCUGGCAACAGUUGACUCAAUUCUAUUAAGAGAGCUUCCACCUGUGGAGGAUAAUGAUGCUCGGCUAGCACUCAAAAGACUGAUAGAUAUUAGCAUGGGAGUUAUUACUCCUUUGUCAGAGCAGCUAACAAAGCCAUUACCCAAUGCCAUGGUUCUUGUAAAUCUUAAGGAGUUGUCAAGUGGUGCUCACAAGCUUUUGCCAGAAGGUACACGCUUGGUGGUAUCUGUGCGUGGUGAUGAGCCUUAUGAGGAACUGGAAAUCCUCAAAGACUCGGAUGCUACAAUGAUUCUUCAUGAUCUCCCAUUUACAGAAGACAAAAUUGGUAGAGUGCAUGCAGCAAGAAGGUUGUUCGAGUAUCUAUCAGACAAUGCCCUGAACUUCCCUGUAAUUCACCAUAUUCAAUUUCCAAACGCAAUUCACAGGGAUGACUUGGUCAUUGGCGCCGGUACUAAUGCAGGGGCUCUUUUAGUAGAUGGUCUUGGAGAUGGUAUCCUGCUAGAAGCCCCAGACCAGGACUUCGAUUUUCUGAGGAAUACCUCUUUCAACUUGCUCCAAGGUUGCAGAAUGAGAAACACAAAGACGGAGUAUGUGUCAUGUCCAUCCUGUGGGAGAACUUUAUUUGACCUUCAAGAAAUAAGUGCAGAAAUCCGAGAAAAGACAUCUCACUUGCCUGGUGUCUCGAUUGCAAUUAUGGGUUGCAUCGUAAAUGGGCCAGGGGAGAUGGCUGAUGCAGAUUUUGGAUAUGUUGGGGGUGCUCCUGGAAAGAUUGACCUAUAUGUUGGAAAGACUGUUUUAAAGCGCGGAAUUGCAAUGGAGGAAGCUACUGAUGCAUUGAUCCAGCUAAUCAAAGAUCAUGGCCGAUGGGUUGAUCCUCCUGCAGAAGAGUAAUUAUAUAAAAUAUCAAGUAAUUCUGAUUGGGUAUAGGAAGAAAGAGUUAUUGAAAUUCUGUUAUACAUGUAACGCAAGCACCGGAAGUUGAAAUCUAGUUUUUGCACCGUGUAGAAACAUUUCCUUUGUAUGUGAAGGUUGGUGCAAUCAGAAUAUGAUGUUCAAUUAGCAAAUACAAAUAACAUUGUAAUUCUCUCUCACCAAUAAGAAGUUGAAGAUUUCCUUUAUGUUUAAA